AUGGCUGAAUACACAAGGGCACUUAUAUAUGGUAAAGAUAUUUUGGUUGUGGGAGACUUAAACUGCAAUUUGUUAAAAACAACCCAAGAAGCGGAGGCAUUGAGAGAUAUGUGCUGUAGUUUAAAUCUCGUGCAAUUAAUCGAUAAACUUACGCGGGUAACAUUGCAGUCAUCCAGCCUGAUAGAUGUGAUCAUGACAUCCAGUGAAAGUACUCUGAUUGUGAAAAGUGGAGUAGAAGAAGUUAACAUUAGUGAUCAUUUCUUGGUUAGUUGUGAACUUAAUUUAAAAAAGCCAAAACUAAAACCAACAUAUAUCAAUGCACGAAGUUUUAAAGAUUACGAUCGGAAUCAAUUUGUCAUGGAUUUAGCACAAAUUCCUUGGCAUGAAAAUUUUUCAAUUGACGAUGUGAAUGAAAAACUCUCCUCAUUUAAUGGUCACUUUUUGAGUAUCUUGGAAAAACAUGCACCGGUUAAGAGCAUGAAAAUAAGAUACCGCCGGUGUCCAUUUAUGAGUAAAGAGAUUAAAGAACUUAUGAAAAAUAGAGAUAAAUUACAUAAGCUUGCACGACGAACCAAGAUGACAACAGAUUGGGAAAAUUACCGUGUUUGUAGACAGGCUGUAAAAAAGGCGUUACGUGAAUCUGAAAAAAAGUAUGUACAGAAUGAAUUUCAUAAAAAUUUAAACAGAAGUUCUAUGUGGAAAUUUAUAAAGAACUGCCUACCCCGUAAAGAGUCAACGGAACUUAAGUAUUCAAGAAAUAUCACGGAACUAGUGGAGGAGUUCAAUUCCUUUUUCACGACAGUGGGAAUUAAAGCAUCAGAGUCUGCUACUGCACUUUUAACUAAAUAUAACCUACCAACCAUAGACUUACCAGUACCUGCUCAAAUUCCUGUGUCAGAUCAAUUUCAUUUCCAUCCGGUUUCAUGUAGUGAUGUACAGCAGAUCACCAUGUCUUUUUCCUCAAAUAAGGCACCGGGAUUAGAUAAAGUCCCAAUGAGUAUUAUCAAAGAUGCCUUACCAUGUAUCCUCCCUGCGUUAACAGAUAUUGUUAAUUGUUCAUUGCUUACGUCCGAAUAUCCAACAUUAUGGAAGAUGGCAGAAGUUGUUCCCCUCUUAAAAGAUGGGGAUCAUGAGAUCGCAGACAAUAAUCGUCCUGUGUCUUUGCUAAUUGCAGUGUCAAAGAUUUGUGAACGAGUUGUAUUGAAUCAAUUGACUGACUAUAUGUCACAAAGGAAAAGAUAUACUGAACACCAAAGUGGCAAUCGAAAAUUACAUUCUACAGAAACAUUAAAAUUUUUUAUAACAGAUCAAAUCUUGCAGUCUAUAGAUCGUAAAGAAGUUACGGGCUUAGUUUUAAUACACUUAUCCAAAGCAUUUGAUAGCAUAGAUCAUUCAAUUCUACUAGUGAAACUUCAAACCAUUGGUGUGUCUAAAUCAGUGUUGGCAUGGUUUAAAAGUUAUCUAUCGGGACGAAGUCAAAUAGUACGUAUUGGGUCGACAUUGUCGGAAACAUGUAUUAUAACUCGAGGGGUACCUCAAGGAUCUAUUCUUGGGCCGGCAUUAUUUAACAUAUAUAUUAAUGACCUGCCCAAUGUUCCAAAAGAGUCCUCUUUGGAAUCUUAUCUGGAUGAUUCGAAAAUCUAUUUGGCAUUUCCAAUUCAGGAUAUUGAAACUGCUGCGUUUAAACUUACACAAGAUAUGAAAAGAAUUACCGCAUGGUGCUGUAUAAAUAGUCUGCUAGUGAAUCCAAAGAAGCCGAAACUCCUAUUACUGGGCACGGAUUUCCAUAUAACUGUUCUUGGUGAGAAAAUAAUCCCAAUUCAGACGGUUAAAGAUUUGGGAAUGACUUUGGAUUCAACUUUGACUUACGACAAACAUAUUGUCGAUACCGUCUCAAAAUGCAUCACUGAAUUAUGCCAAAUCAACAGA